UCUACUGGUGUGAGGACGAUACCCUGUUUUCCUAAAAAUUACAGCAUUUCUAUCUCUCAGAGUUUCACGAGACGACAGCGUGACACGCCUUUCAGUUUGGUGCUUUCGCAAUAACUCUUGCUGACAGAGGUGUCAGGAACGCUCCGACAUCUUGUAGCCAUGUUUCUGUCUGAGGCAGUUGUCGCCUACCUGCAUGAAGCCCAGACCUCGAGUUAGAUAGGAACUUCAUCCCAAAUAAGGAGUAAAACCCCUUUGUGAAUGGCCCAUGACCAUUUAAUGAGGCGCUUGAGACGGUUCCUACUUGGAGCUCUGCUGGCAUGGGGUUUGCUGGCUUUCUAUCCGACGCAAGCAGGAGCUCAGGCAGUGAAUGCGUCAACACCAGAGGAGCUGCGCAGAGCUCUAUUAAAUGGAGCUACUGAGGUGGCGUUAUUGAAUAACAUGAACUUUACCCCAGAAAACUGGCCCGAGCCUGUGCUUAUCACACGGGCUACUACUAUAUACUCACCAUAUCGCGUUAAACUGGACUUCUGUGGCAGCAACGGUGGACCAGCUCGCGUCCUGCUGAACGUCACCUCUACCGGGAGCCUGCUGCUGCAGCGCGUGUUCCUGCGCAACUUCCUGCCCAGCGGCCCGCAGGACCUGUCGGGGCUCGGACCCGUGCCGGCACUGCUCAGCAGCGGCGGACUCAUAUCGUUCCGUAUCGUGGUGUUCCACUUCCUGCCCGCCGUCACCUGGGUCUUCUCCGCGCCACCCAACCAGAGCUUCUGGGCCGCGCAAACCGCCGCCAGCACCACCCAGCAGCCGCAGCAGCAGAUCCUGACGGACGUGUACACGGGGGCGGGGCUGCAGCUGGCCCGCCCCUCGCUCUACGUCGCCAGCUACACCAGCAGCCUCUACUCCAUCGCGCUCUGCUACUCCCCAGUCGACCUGCACGCCUGCUACGCGGACAACCGCGAGGACACGCAGCUCGCCUACUGCCUCUACUCCUUCGCCGACUCGCUCCGAAACCCGCACGUGCGCUACGUCCGCGUGUUCCAUGACAUUGGUGUGGACCGUGUGGCAUACAACCGCUUCAACCCCAUCCCCGUCACAACACCCAAAUCCCUCUCCGCCUGCCCCGGCACCCUACCCUCCAUCAACCUGGAUAAGGUCCUGAACGGCGUGUCCGUUCGAGCAGCCCUGGAAUUCAACGGUUUCCGUUUCAAAUCCUCCCGGCCAACCAACUUCACCACCUGGCCUCCCGCGCUACCCGUGCUGCUCAGUCUGAUGGAUGUGGACGGGCCGGGGUCGGUCGCGCUGACCAACUGCACGAUUGAGGUACCGCAGUUGGGCGAUGUGGUAACCACGCUCAAGGCGCUGCCGGGGUGCUGCUCCAUGGAGCCUUCACGGCCCAACCUGCAGCCCACUUUGGCUGCAUGGCCGAGCGGGGGGGUGCUGGCGGCGGCGGCGGCAGUGGCGGCGGCGAAUGCGAGUUUGGAGGGCGGUGUGAUUGUGGAUUCAUGGCCCUGGGGGGACGGAAGCGUGGAGGGCAGCACGAGCAGCGGAGGAGCGGGGGUCACCAUUGUGAGUGUGAAUGCGACACCGCUGACCCUCACCGCGUCCUUGCCAGCCGCCGCCUCCUCCUUCUACUGGAAGAACGUUACUGCAAUCCCCUUCCGGAACGUUUCCUCAAACUCCUCCUACCCUUCCUGGAACGCUUCCUCAAACUCAUCCUACCCUUCCUGGAACGUUUCCUCAAACUCCUCGAACUCAUCUUGGAACGCUGUUUAUAUCUCCUCCUCAUCUGUUGAGUCAGCAACUGAGGCAACAACAGCAGUUACAACAGCAGCAACGGUUUCGGAGUUUAUCUCCCCGCGUCCCGGCUUUACAAUUAAUUCCUGGGUCCUGCCCAAGAACUCCUGGCUGCAGUACAGCGCAGUAAGCUUGUACGACAUCAUAAGUCAGCCCUCCUCCGCUUCUUGGAGCUUUUCGGCCGUACGAGUGGAGCAGGCGGCGGUUGCCAACGACCGGUCGUUGUGUUUCGGAGCGGCACUGGAGCAGGGCUCCACUCGGCGCCCGCCCAUUGCCCGCGUGGGUAACGACACGCAGCUGAGACAGGCGCUCGCGAGUGGGGUGCGGUACAUCCAGGUGGUUGACGACAUCAAGCUGGACCCCCAGAACUGGCCCGCGGGUGGGGGGGCGCUGCAGCUGGACGCGGGCAUCAUCGAGGUCCGCGGCUGCCACCCCGCCCCCGACCGGCGCUUCACCCUCGACCUCUCCGACCUGACUCAGCCCGUGGUGCGCUGCAGCGGCCGGCUGCUGCUGCAGGGGGAUCUGAGGCUGGUCAACCCGGGCUGGGUGGGGGCGGAGGAGGCGGGGGAGGCGGGGAUGUGGCUGCUGGGCGCGUUUGCGGUGGUGGCGAAUCGCGGCGGGGGAGCGGGGUCGGUGGAGCUGGAGGACGUGCUUGUAGAGGCGCAGCUCAACGCCUCCGGACCCGGCCUGCGCCCCUCCGACCUCCUCACCGCACUCAACCUGGGGGGCGGCAUCACGGCGGACAUGCGCGCACGCAAUGUGAGCCUGUACGGCAGCUGCGGGGUGACGCUGGGGCUGUGGGCCGUACCCGCCCCCGCGCCGCAGACCGGCACGUGGGCUUUCACACACACGCUGGUGCGGUGGGCGGCGGAUAGCAACCCGGAUGCGAGCAACAACACGAGCAGCAGUGGGGGAGGAGAGGGAGAGGGAGGAGGAAAGGGGGGGUUGAGUCAUCGGCAGGUGCUGAGUAUCGCACUGCCGGUGGGGCUGGUUGGAGGGGGGUUGUUGCUGGCGGCGGCGGCGGCGGGGGCGGUACUGUACGGCAACGGCAACAGCAACCGCCGUACUCAGGGUGAGGCGGCGGCGGCGGCGGUCAAGGCAUGCGGGUCUGGCGGCGGCAGUGGUGGCGGCGGCGGUGUUCUCAAAUCGCACCCUAGUUCCCUGUUGGGCGCGCUGCUGUUUAGGGCGCUGUGGUCGCAUCAGAGGAGCGGUGGCGGCGGAAGCGGCGGGUGCGGCGGGGAGGGAGACCAGGAGGCGGGGUUGGGUACGGCGGCAGCAGCGGAGGUGGGGAUGUUGGCGGUAUCGGCGGCGGCGCCGGUGGUGGUGGUGGGUACUGCUCCCGGCAAGAAGGGGGCUCAUCUUCAUCACAACAUCAACAACAAGAACAAGAACAAUGGUGGCGGAGUGUAUAACGUCAGCAGCGGCGACGACGACUCGGUGUCGGAUGCAAUGCCUGGCGUCGGCAGCGGAGGAGGCGGAGGUCCUGCGACGGCGGCGGCGGCGGCGCUGUCUCACGUGCGGGAUGCGGGUCGAUAUGACGACGUUAUGGUACGGCAGCGGGCGGGUGACGGCGGCGGUGGCGGCGGCGGCGGCGUCGCGUCGGAGGCCACUGGUGCUGGCGGUGGCGGCGGCGGCGGCUCUCGCGGAGAUCUGUUUGACAGCGGUACCCGGGAGCGGGGCCUGGCGGGGCCGCUGGGCGACAUCGAUGCGGCCCGGCGGGCGCUGACAGCAGGCCGCAUGACACCCGACGAAGAGCCCCACUCCGCACUGGGCGACCUGGUGCUGCAGAGUGUGCUGGGGGAGGGGUCGUACGGCAGGGUGUAUCGGGCGCUGUGGCGGGGUACGACAGUGGCUGUCAAGGUGAUCCUGCUUCCCGCCCACAUGAGCGGCCGGGAGCGGCUGGAGCGCAUGGCGGUGAUGGAGGCGGCCAUCUCCUCCUCCCUGUCGCACCCCAACAUCGUGCAGACCUACACCUACAGUGUGGCGGCGGUGGAGGGGCCCAAGGCGCGGGCGUGGAGCGCCAUGCAGAGUUCCGGCCACACCUCCACCGCCCUGCCCGGCUCCUCCCACGCCCCGCUCGACCCCACUGCUGCUGGGGGUGCGGGUGCGGGUGGGGGGCUGCUGCCCUCCGGGCUCCAUGCGGGGGCACCCGGAGGCACCUCUGCAGGGGAGGGGAUGCACCCCUCGGAUAUUGCCGGUUGGGAGAUCCGGUUGGUCCAGGAGUACUGCGACCUGGGCAGUCUGAGGGACAAACUGGAUGCCAGGGCCUUCUUCCGACCCGCUGCUGCCGCUGCUACUGCCGCUGCUGCUGCCGCUGUUCCGGUUGCGGGUGCUGGCGGCGCUGCAUCUAGUGCGCCCAGUGGUGCGGUUGCGGCAUCAACCAACACAACCAACACCGCUGCCGUACUACAACCACCUCGGAGCUUCGAUUCCGACCAACAACCGCCACGACAACCGCAACCACCCCAACUACCGGUACCUCACCUGGAAAUUCAGUUGCAACCGUUACAACCGCUCCAUUCGUACCAGCCCAGCACCAGUCCCUCCGCCGCUACUGCCACCACAACCGCAACCGUAACACCCGCCGCCGCCGCCUCGACGACUGGCGGCAGCGAAUGGGGCAGCGACUUAGCCGGCGCCGCCGCCGCCGGAAACCCUAAUUCCGGUAGCGCUAGCGGCGGCGCUAGCUCACCCGCUGUGUCGUACGUCGUCGACCUAGCCGCCGUACUGGAUACCGCCAUUGACGUGGCUCGCGCGCUAGCACACCUGCACCGGCAGGGGAUAGUGCAUGCGGAUUUGAAGCCGCGGAAUGUGCUGCUCAAAGGCUCGACGACCGACCCACGGGGCUUUGUGGCCAAGGUUGCGGACUUUGGGUUGUCCAUGCAACUGGAUGUGCACGAAACCCACGUUAGCAACGCGUAUCACGGGACGCUAGCCUACAUGGCCCCCGAGACACUGAUCCAGGGCCACGUGUCCCGAGCCAGCGAUGUGUACGGAUUUGGAAUCUUGUUGUACGAACUGUACACCGGGGAAACCGCCUUCCAGGGAAUACCCAAGGCCCUGGUGGGUCAUGCCAUCACCAAGGACAACCUGCGUCCCUCCUUCCCGCCCGCCCUGGCCGCGCCCUUCGAAUACCAGCUGCUCGCCUGCCGCUGCUGGGAGAGCAACCCGGAGAUACGGCCCGAGUUCGACUUCAUUCUGGAGGACUUGAAGCGCAUGCGGCUCAGGCUGGGCUGCUCAUUGCAGCAGCAGCAGCAGCAACUGGGGAACAGGGGCGGCAACGGCGUCAACAGCAACAGCGGUGCUGCUGCGGACGGCGGGGGCUGCGGGGGUGUGGCGGGGGCUGCGGGCAGCAGCAGGAGGACGCGGGUGAUGUGCGGCGGAGGAGGGGAUCUCUGGGGUCUGCCGCACCUGCUCCACCCUGCCGCCUUCCAACAGGGGUUUACCCAUGCCGGCGGCGCCCUCCUUGGCGGCGGCGGCGGCAUGAUGGGGCGUGGGGGCGGCUUCGCGGCGGGUGGGGUGUACGGGCACGGGGGUGUGUAUGAUGAUGACGAGGACUCCCGGACCGCCUCCUCCUCCUCUUCCCGCUCCUCCAGGGGGUGCUCCGGCUCCUCCUCCUCCUCCUCGGGGUCUGAUGGCUCCGAAACCAUGAGUGAGAUGAGUGUUAUGGCAGGAGCAGGGCCGCAGCAGCAACCAUAAUGGUGCUAGUAAGCGGUUGGCAGGGACGCCGGGGGCAGGGCCACCCAGCCUUGCAAGAAGCCGGAACACAGAGCACUGCAUGCUGGGGUGCUCUGCGUCGCCCUGUGUCUUUACAUAGAGUCUCGAGAGAGGGGUCCACGAAGGCGGAUGCAUGUGAGGGGCAUUGUGCUGAGCGUGCGUGCGGGCGUGGUUUGGAGCGCGCCGCGCAUGUGGGUGGGUGGGGGGCAUCUGUUGCAUGGCACAUGCAGUCUGUCCAGUCCUAACGCGCAUGGGUUUACAUUUACGCGUGGGACUUGAACUCCCAGGUGUGUUGUAGAGUGGCGUGUGAUGUUGUGGCGUUGUGGCGUUGUGACGGGGGGUGGUUGGGUGGGACCGCCGUGACGAGGUUCAACUGCAGGCUGUACGGCGAACGACAUGAGGGGCUUAUUACGAACAAGCUGGGCUGGGUGGUCUAUCCUUUGGAAGGCAGGUGGUCUGUUGUGACUCUGCUUACGGCGACCCAAAACUGGUUGUGUUUGUUUGUUUGUGUGUGUGUCCCUGUGAUAAGCGGCUUACUACUGCUACUGUUCCUGAGGACUCAUGAGACGUUUGGCAUUUUCCAAAUGGUUGUUCGCAAACCAUUUGCUUUUUAUGGAGAAGCACAUUAAUAAGUCUUGGUCAUGGAAUGCUGUUUGCUUACCGCUACUCGUUUUGGCUUUGUUGCUCCGGUCGUACCACCGGUCGUUUAGGGCAAUGUGAACUACCGCCGAAAUAGGUUUGUUAAUACUUGUGUAUCGUGGCCAUGUAUCGUGGCCGGAGGAAUUGCAGUUGUUUUUCAGUCCUAUUUGUGUGUCCUUAAUGCACUUACAUGGCGGUCAGCUGCAUGGGGGCAAUGGAUGCCCGUGUGUGUAUGUGAAAGGGAGGGUGUGCAUGUGUGGUAACGGUGCGGGUGUUGAGGACACUGCUGGCCGCGAGUCGGAACGGACUGUGAAUGUCGGAAAAUGAAGUUCUGCCAUAGAAACGCCAGAAGCGCGGUUGGACAUGUUGUUGGUUUUGGCUGGAUUCUGGCAGCUGCGCGCUGCUGGCUGCUGUGAGGGGUGGCAAUCAGGAUUCAUUACAUAAUGGUGGUGGUGAUGGUGGUGGCUGGCGAGGCUGGAUGGAAUGCUCGGGUUUGGGGUUUCCUUUGCUGCUACCGCAUACCACAAUCUGUCAAUCUGUCUCCAAUGGGUGUGGGACCCAUGGGUCACAUGAGCAGCCAGUUUACUAAUCUAAUGUAGCAGUGUCACUGGCAGCCAACCGCAUGCAAG